AUGCGACGCUGGAUUUUCCACAAAGUAAAAUCAAGAUAAUAAAGAUGUGGUUUCGAGAUAGCGGCCGACAAAGCGGGGACCAGGGUGUGAGGCGUCACCCUCGGGGCCUAUAAAAGCUGCCAGGAGAGACCGAGGCCACAAGCACUCAGCCCGGCCGGCCUCCGCUCUCCGCUCCGCUCGCUCGCUCGCUCCUGCCGCCGCCCCGGCCCCAUGGCGCUCUGGCUGACCCUGGUCGUGGUCCUCACCUGCUUCGGCGGCCUCGCCUCCCCGGGCCCCGUGCCCGCCAGCACGGUCCUCAGGGAGCUCAUCGAGGAGCUGGACAACAUCACCCAGAAGGUGAGUGCCUCGCUCUGCAACGGCAGCAUGGUGUGGAGCGUCAACCUGACAGCUGGCCGGGCCGCCUCCCUCCGCCCGCUGUACUGUGCCGCCCUCGAGUCGCUGGUGAACGUGUCCGACUGCCGUGCCAUCCAGAGGACCCAGAGGCUGCUGAGAGCAUUCUGCCCCCACAAGCCCUCAGCCAUGGGGUCCAGCCAGCUGGUCCGGGACACCAAGGUGGAGGUGAUCCGCUUCGCCAAGGACCUGCUCCAGCAGCUGCGGAAGGCCGUGCGCAACGGGAUGCUCCCCUGA